GUUUCGGCCUGUUUCGGCACUAGCCGGACAUUUUCGCCUCUUUGUUUUACUGAUAGUGGAUUUAACUCGGAUUCAACCCAAUAUCCAGCGGACCGCUGUGGCCACAAACAGCUGUGUAAAGUGGAGCACAGGAUGCAGAGUUAACGCCACCCCGUGUCUCCCAAAAGAAGCCUGGCUGCCAGACCCUCAGCAGUAGACACAUGGCGGCAAUAGGGAACCCCGAUAUGUUAACCAGAAAGAUAAAACUGUGGGACAUCAACGCCCACAUUACCUGCCGUCUGUGUGAGGGGUACCUGAUCGACGCCACAACGGUCACCGAGUGCUUACACACCUUUUGCAGGAGCUGUCUGGUGAAAUACCUGGAGGAGAACAACACAUGUCCCACGUGUCGGAUUGUUAUUCAUCAGAGUCAUCCACUGCAGUACAUCGGACAUGACCGAACAAUGCAAGAUAUUGUGUAUAAAUUGGUGCCGGGCCUCCAGGAAGCCGAGAUGAAGAAACAGAGAGAAUUCUAUCAGAAGUUAGGCAUGGAGGUGCCUGGAGACAUUAAAGGAGAACUGUGCAACACAAAAAUCCACCCCGACACUCAGCGUAAUGGUGACCUGAAAACAAACGAUCCGUCCAAGGAGGCAGGAGAUGAGAAGGCAGAAGAAGACAAUGAUUACCAUCGCAGCGAUGAGCAGGUGAGUAUAUGUCUGGAGUGUAACAGCAGUAAACUCAGAGGACUCAAGCGGAAAUGGAUUCGUUGUUCGGCUCAGGCCACGGUUCUCCACCUCAAGAAGUUCAUCGCGAAGAAGCUCAACCUGACGUCUUUCAAUGAGCUGGACAUCUUAUGCAAUGAAGAAAUCCUGGGCAAGGACCAUACGUUGAAAUUUGUUGUGGUAACAAGAUGGAGAUUUAAGAAAUCCCCCCUCCUCCUGCAUUACAGACCCAAAAUGGAUUUGCUGUAGUCGGACAAAAAAGGUUGGUUGUUUCCGGCCCAGUGGUCCAGGACUGUGCUACACACUAUAUAUGCAGAGACGGUCAACGCCCACACCAAACAAAAACCCCGACACAGAUACAAGCCAGCAAACAACAAAAGCAUCACAGCUACCGCGACACUGGCAGCUUACGGGAACAACUGCUUUCAUCCGCUAUGUCCUAAAUAUGUGAAAGAUUGAGAGAAAGCAUAUAUUUAUACUUUUGUAUAGACGAGAGAAGUGAAACCAAGACCCUAUUGGUGCUCUGUUUACACAUUAAAACAAAAAAGACAACAAAAAAAAGGGAGCUGUGAGAAAAGUGAAACGUUUUUCUACCAUUUGACUUCGCUCCCACCUCAACUAUGGGCAAAAUGAUUGGUGCUCGGGAUCUGUCAAUCUCCGCGGAAGUGUCGUCAUACACUGCUAACCAGAGGAGACGCAGCGUUUCAAACGGACCGUUCUCUCUCAGGUCUCAACCAACACUUCUUGGGAGCGCAGCAGAGCCUUUCUAAGCUUAUAUAAAGGCGGUUUAUAUAAGCUGUGUGUCAUCUCAGAGCAGUUUCUUUUAUUUUUUUCGCCGUCGCUACGAGUGGAAUUGUGAAUAGGCAAAUUUAUGUGUAGUAUUUAUGUUCUAUUUACCAAUAUUGUAUAUAAAAGUUGUUAACAGAGAGAAGGAAUAAGAUUGUGUUAAAGAAACCGAGACUGUUUAGAGUGCUUUUCCAGAAGUGCUUUAUCUUGGGCCGCAUUCACGUGGCCGCGUGGAUACGGACAUAUGAAUUCAAGCCAGAUUUCUUAUCAGCAAAUCUUUUAUCGGUGGCGUAGACUUUUUAUGUUGCAAAAAGCCACGUUGUCUUUAAUAUAGCAAGACUUUAAGUAUGUCAUUAUUAAUGUGGCAGUGAUAUCAUUUGGAUGGGGUUUGGAAAGCGGAAGGGCUUUGAAUCACCGUUCCUCUGAAUCAGUUUGCGAGGAUGUGUAAUGACGAAUCCUUAAUGUUAAUGUCUUAGUUUAACAGCCAACCGCCCAUAUAUAUAUAUAUAUAUAUAUAUGUACAUCAAUCCCGCCUCAACGUCAUAUAUGCAAUGUAUCACUUUUUAAUUGAGACAAACAUGAUAAAACCCUGACAGAUCUCCAUUCCUUUGGGUAUGAAUGUAACCCACAUGUAUCCGUCCAUGAAUAUGUACAACUGUUUGCUUUAUUGCUAUCUUUCGUGCCAAAGGCUUUAUCCCCCCGAAUUCACUUAUAUUCUGCAUGGCAAGCUGUACGUAUGGCAGAAUGCAUCUAUGAAAAGCGUUUGACCUGAACUAAUUUGAUACGGAGGAAUUUAUCCGAUUAGGUUAGUGAAAAUUGGAUGUUAAAUGGAUUGUCCUUUAGUUCUUUUAUUGCGUGAGCCCUUAUUGAAGUUUGUAAUAUUUUUGUUCCAUUACGGACGUCUGCUCAUUCAAUGAUGGACGAACUCUAGUUGAUCAAAUUUUAAAGGGCUCUUAUCUGAUAUGUAACCACAAUGUAUUAUUUCAAGUUUCUUAAAGCGCUAAUUGACGACAUUUUGUAAUUUCUGAACGUUUAAUGAAAACAGUUAUUAAAGCGGUCAACUUUUACACGGGUAAAUGCCAAACCAGCUUGACCAAAUCUUUCUGGUUCACUUCGGAGUUAUUCCAUAAAUACUGAUGUUUUAUAUAUUCUAUAAUAUUGCAUACUUGCAUAGAAACACUCAGCGGUGAAAUGUUUCAUCUAGUUUGGACUGCCCUUCCUCAGUGUCUUAUAAUGUGAAUGAUCUCAGUGUGCAUCCCAGCAUCACACUUUUUCUUUUGCGUAGUGUUUUGCUUUAUUUCAUCAUCUCUUCAUUCCCGUUUCUUGAGUUGCAUCGAAAUAAUACUGUAAGUUCAUGUCAAGCAAACAUUCACAUGCUAGAUUUCCAAACCAGACGUCUCUCUACAAGCUAGCAGACAUGCUUUUGCUGGUUUUCAUUGAAUGCCUUUCUCUUGUUGUGUAUUCUCAAAAACCAGCAUUUGGUGUGAAUGUCUAAUGCUGGAAGGGUCUUACUUUCGGGGAGAUCAGGGUGUUCGAUUUAUUUUAUUUGAGCCAAUAAAUGGUGCUAAUGUUUUGUACCUUUUAAAAAUAAAACGGAACAUGGUGCAGACCGCGAGCGAGUCUUAAAAUACCCGUAUUUGUCAUAACUUGCUUAUUUGAUGUAAUUGGUGCUCUCUUGGGUUUGUCUCUCAGAAACGGGAGGGAAGCUGGUUUGGUGAUUCAUGGGGUUUUGUUUACUGCUGUCCCAGGAAACUUUGAAAUCGGUCUAAACGUAGCAGCACAUAAGACUCAUCCUCUUUUCUAAACAACACUAGCGGUUAGAGGUCUGUCUUGCAUCACUUUUAAGUGUGGGUUCUUUCUUGUUAAACCUCCAUCACAAAUCUCUUUGAGGUUGUUCUUUUUUUGGUGUAAGUUAUAAAAGCUGUGUUUCCUGAGCCAGGAGAUGGAAGACAGGGUUUCCGCUCUGGUAUUGUUUAAAUCACUGUUUUACUCUCCCAGGGCCUCGUUGGGCAUAAGAGGUGUGCGUUCAGAGGUAGAUUCACUGCUAUGCAGUAUUGGGAACGGAUCAGUGCUCUGGCCGUGUUAUCAGGCUUGCGCAUUGAGACAUCAACGCUACUUCACUUGACAGGCAGGCUAUAAGGAGCUUACUGGAGACCUGCUUUAGAAGCUGUGGACUGUGUCCAGACUCAACUUGCCAAGAUUGGAGGCUUGUCUCCAUUUCCCUUUACUGGAUUUUUGGCAGCGUUUGGUUCUGUGACAAAGGUGCCCCAUGACUGACUUAGAAAUUUGAAACUGAGACAAGUAGAGAUGGUAUCAGUCUAAACCUUGGGUAAAUCUCAGAAACGCUGUCGUAAACACGGGCUUAUUUUACCCCAAAAUCAAAAGAAAGUAAUGUGAAAUUGUACUUGCGUGAUUUCUUUUUGCAUUCUGAUGAUUUUUAUUUGCAUUCUGACAAACCUGUCAUGGGAGGAACAAAGUAUAUUCUGAUUACUGUAAUGAAUAAUUAUAUUUUAUUACAAAUGUAAAUUAUUUAUACAUUAUUGUAGUAUUUGUACCGCUCUUAAUUUAUGUUUUUUAAUAAAACCACUGUAUUGCUAUAAAAUGACUUUAUUACAGUAAAUCACGCGCCAUUGAGAAUAUAAAAAAUGCACACAAAAUUUUAAUAAAAAAUGGAAUGGGCGUAAUUUUUUUAAUAAAAAAACAAAAAAUAUAUUUUUAUUUUGGGGUAAAAUGUGACCUAACAUGUUUCUGUGAUUUACCCAUUCGUGAAUUUUACAGCAUUAGACUUUUCAACCAAACGAUGACCGUCUAUCAUCGUGUGAUGUUUCAGCUGAGCUGAAAAGCACUUCUUAUUUAUUGUCUUUAAAAAAAGCAUACACCGGCCCUUUAAGGCGCCUUUUCUGUUUUUCUGUUAUCAUCUUUCUCCAGUCGUCCUCUCUAACUGUUAGUCGUUGUCUCACCUCUAAUUCAUCAUAUUCUCAUUAGGACUCUGUGUUUAAAAAGUGACUCUGAUCUGCUCUGUGUGAGACACUGUAAAACCAGACUGUUUGGCCUGCGAGCUAAGAAACUCCGUCCUUUCUAAUAGGGUUUCUGUCUGCGAGGCGUGUCACUUCCCCACAUUUCCGGGUUUCAGUUGAUUGAGGAGUUUUGAUUGGUCGGUUCCGAGCUGAAUUGUUUGAGGAGUUACUUUGAUUGGUCAGUUGUGAGUUGAAUUGAUUUUGGGGAUGUCAUGAAUCAUCGGUUUUGCGUCGCAUUGAUCAUGGGUCUGAUGGUUGCCAGAUAUCUCUGUUUGCUCUCAGUUGGAACAUCCCUGUAAGAAAUGUAUUGUAUUGGACACCAGAUUUGAAAAGCUGGUCAACCGCAGAUAUUUACUGUAUACACAAUGUUUUUACUUUUUAAGGAAUCAACUUUCAUAGUGGCAUCUUCAAUGAGCCAUAAAUCUUCAUGCUUCGCUAAUGUUCCCCUUAAAUGUUAUUUAUUUUUACUGUAUAGAUUUGUGUUCUGCCAUUGCCUGUAUGUCAUGAUCUGAAAUAUCGAGAUUUGUCGCCUUAUUGAUAUCUUUGUACAUGCUUUGAUAUAAACAUGAUGAGAAUCUAUCAGUUAAGCAUUAAAAUCCCUCUCCUCUGUCAUUCACCAUAUAUAAUCCUUCCCUCGCUUUGUGUAUAAAAUGAUAUUUCAGCGUUGGGUUGCUUUCGGGAAAAAUCAUUCGGAUCGGGUCGUGCAAACAAAGCGAUCGUUUCGUUUCCAAGGAAAAAUGUGCAAUAUGUGUCUCUCAGAUGGUUCUGGAAGCUUCAUUCGAUUUAUUUCUGUUGGUUAGGUGCUCAGGUCACAAAUAGAGUCCAUACAGUUCUCAUCCCUCUGAUUGUACGGGUGCCUGCUUGGCUCAUUUCACACUAACGCUCCAUACAUAACACAUGGGUUUCCUUAUGUUUUCUUUAUUUUUAAUUCCUUUUUAUUCUUUUAGAAGUAAAACAUUGACAUGGUGUCCUUUUCUUGUCUGUUUUCUGGCAUGAUGAUUAUUUAUUGCACAUGGUUUCCAUAGUUACACCAAGGUGUUUUGUUCGAACUGGGCUCGAAUUUCUUACAAUUUUAUGGAAGCUUUUGUUGAAAUUUUGAAAGUGUGUAUUUCAUGAAUAAAUGCCUUAUAAAAACGUGUCUCUUUCUGCUUGUAUUCUGAUUCAAUUAUGUGACUAAAUUAAAUAUUAAAUGUUUGUGCAUUUGUGAAUUUCUGGUUGGUGCACCAUUGAGAAUUAAAUUCACCCAAAAUGAA